CGCAUCUUCCUUGCUACCUACCUUACCGUCAUAUCUCAUAUCUGCUUCCCCUGAACGUGUGUCCACCACCAACACAUUUGCGCACGACGACUUCUGCUCUGCUCCAAACGCGUCCCGUCGCAUUGCAGUGAUGCGAUUGGAAGAUUCCCCAACGCGACUGUUACGCAGAGUUCGCGAUGAUGACUUCGACUCCUAGGUCAUCUCCCUAUCGUGGAAUGAGGAGGCUGGAUGCCCACCUCGCUUCCUAUUCGUACCCGUUUCUCCUGCCUGCCAUGAGGAAGAUCGGUGAGACAGGCCGGAGUCGGCGAUAUUCUGAGAGCUGAAGUGUAGUGCUUGCUAUAUACCUCCGCCGCACUCCCUCCCCAUCCCAUGAUCGAGUAGUCUGUUGUUUCAAUCUCUCCCGAUGACACCUCUGCACUUGGAUGAGCACGGUCCCAAUGGCAUCUUCCCAGCUAUGGGCGCAUCGCAUUAGUGGCCCUUUUCUCUCGAACCUCGUUGCCCGGCGAACGAUUUUCCUUUUCUUCUGUCCGACACAGGCUGUCUGCUUUCUCAGCUCGGGUCGCAGUUCCCUACCGCCGUCUCCUCGCCCUGGAGUUUCUACUCUCACAAGUUACGGAUGCGUCUGGUCUGCACCCCAGCUACCCUCUCUGUCAGAGGCAUGGACUUGGUCAGACUGAGUGUGAAAGCCGAAGUCGCAACGUGUCGAAGACGUAUCGCCAUGCAAAGGUGGUUGGAUGAUGAUGAUGAUCGAACAUCCUUCUGGAUCAAUCAAGGUGGCUAUCGGGUGGCUCCGGAGAGUAGUAUCGCUGGUGGCGUGCGGAUUGCAGAUUUGAUGUCCUGGAUGACGAAAGCGCGGAUACGAAGCAAGAGGCAGAGGCUGAUCGCCUGGGGAUCCCGAUACAAGUCCUAAGUAGGCAGCGUUGACGAGACUAUGCGGAAUCGCACUUCGCCUACGCAGCCCUCAC